UUGUUACUGGUUCGGCUGGAGCUGCUACUCUCCUGAAUCCAGACGGACAGAAAAUAUAAUAGUCGUGCAACGUUCAUGAACGCCACAGUUGGAUUCGGAUCGUCAUGAUGAUCGGAUGUGAUAAAGUCGUUCUCUUUACCCUAUUGGCUCUCAGUUUGGGUCCCGAACAUCAUGAGGCCUGUAAUCGGCACAUCAGUCCAAAGCUGUGGAGCUUUAACCCUGCUUCGACCGAUUCAAAUGAGCUGUCAUCGGAUGCCAGUCAGAUCAUCAACAUUGGACCAGAGGAGCAGAAAACUCGAGAAGGUCGAGCUCUGAGGAGAAGAAAUCGGAAUCAUCAACGACGAAUCCAAUCUGAGGAACCAGUGGCGGUCAAUAGCAUCGAUGACGACAGUUAUUACAACUCAUUGGAGUAUGAGUAUUAUGAGGAUGAUGAGGUUUUGGCAUCAAGCACAGAUGGUGGAUCACGGCGACAAGGUCAACAUGCAUCACCAAGUUUGCCCGUUGCACCCGUGGCUUCCUCACAUACCAAACAACCCGUUCAGCCCCAUCACGAGAUUCAAAGCGGACACUAUGAUACGUACCAACAAACGCAAAAACCAUCACCUUUGCCGGGUUUCUUGAAAACCUUGGCUGCUUGUUUGCCAUUGAGUCUCGUGGCUGCUGCCAUUCCUUUGGGAUUUGCCAAUUUUGACGGAGCUACCACCACGGUCACGUUGAAUCCAGCCCCAGUUACAAUGACCAUCACAAUGUCCAUCACACAAAUGGCAAUGGAAGAUGAUAUGGGAGGAGAUGAAGGAGGAGGAGAUGAGGGAGGAGAUGAGGGAGAAGGUGGGAGAGGAGAUGAGGGGGGCAGUGAAGAUUACGUCCUUCUCUCAGGAGAGGAGAUGAUUGAAGACGGUAAUUCCUUUGAACGUCGCACUCACGCUGAUAAAAGAGGGCGACCUCUAUCCACAACCCCGGUUCCCCCAACGACCACUCGAAACCUCAAGGCACAGCCCCGUCUGAGUGCCUACAUUGUUCGGACGAUAUUCACCCCAUGGGGUGUGGUCCCCACGCUGUCCUCAGAUUUUGAUAUGGAACCAACUUGGAACAAUUUGACCCGUACUGAGGAGGGUGACGAGCGCCAUAGGGACAACUACCUGUUCCGCGUGGAACCAGCCUCGGAGCUGAAUGAGAAUGAUGUGUUUACUCUACCUUUAGCCAACCAUCUCGAGGGAAACUGGACCUUCAAUGAUCCAAACAAUUCGAAUUUGAUCGUGUCUCAGGUUGGAGAGGGAAGGAAUCAAGCGGAGAUUGUACGAUUGCAGGCUCAAGAGGUCAAAGAUGCGGUGGUGGUUUCCGAAGAAGUACAACAUAAGGAUGUUCCAAAUCUGAAAGUUCGAUCCAAUCUUGUCCUUAAAGGCCAAACCACUUCACCCAAGCCCGAAAUUAGUAGUCGACUGCCAAGAUUGGAUCUCAAGAAUUGGAGUUGGAACUAACAGGGGUCUACAAUAUUUUAUUUCAUGAGUUUAUACGUGACUGAUUUUUCUAGUACAACGUUUUAGAUGCAAAUUUAAUAUAUUUAAGAUGUCUUGGGAUAUUGGCAUCUACUGACACUAUUUUUCAAUAUUUAGCAAUGUACCCAAACAAUAUAUUUUAUCGAUUUUGUUUCUUUUGACAUCCAUUCGAUAUUUCUCAAUAAAGCCCUAAA